GAAAGCUCGAACAAGCUUCCAUCUUCACAGAAGAAUUGAUCUCAAUUGUACCAAAAUGCCUCUCAUAGCAAAUCGGCCGAAGCCAAGAGUCAUCUUUGGUCUUAUGACCUUUGGCCCAGACAAAGAUGCGGGCGCUCGAAUCACCUCUCUUCCAGAGUACAACACCUUCUUGGAUCACCUUCAAGCCGCGGGGUACAAUGAAAUCGACACGGCUCGCACCUAUGUGGCGGGGAAGCAAGAAGCCUUCACCCGUGAAGCAAAGUGGAAGGACAGAGGCUUGACCAUCGCGACCAAGGUCUAUCCCAAUGAGCCUGGCAAGCACAAGCCCGAAGUCUUGACCGAAGCUUUCAACACAAGUCUGAAGGAGCUUGGCACUGAUUGUGUAGAUAUCUUUUAUCUUCAUGCUGCAGACCGUUCGGUUCCCUUUCAGGAGACCUUAGCAGCUGUUGACAAGCUCCACAAGCAGGGAAAAUUUGUCCAACUCGGUCUCUCCAAUUUCACAGCUUUUGAGGUUGCGGAAGUUGUGAUGCACUGCAAGUACAACAACUGGGUCCGACCCACAAUUUACCAAGGAAUGUAUAACGCCAUUACACGCUCCCUCGAGCACGAGCUUAUCCCCGCUUGCAAGCGCUAUGGCCUUGAUGUCGUGGUUUACAAUCCAAUUGCUGGAGGUUUAUUCAGUGGGAAGUACAAAGCCAAAGAUAUCCCGACAGAUGGCCGGUUCAGCGAUGCUGUUGGGAAGAUGGGCGAGAUGUACCGAAAGCGGUACUUUAAGGAUUCGACUUUUGAGGCCCUUGCUAUCAUUGAGCCUAUUGUGGAGAAGCACGGUUUGACGAUGGUGGAGACUGCUUUGAGAUGGGUCGUCAACCACUCGGCACUCAACAUCAAGGACGGCAAUGACGGUGUUAUCAUUGGUGUGAGCAACCUUGAGCAGUUGGACGAGAAUUUGAAGGAUUGCGAGAAAGGACCGUUGCCGGAAGAGGUUCUGCAAGCACUUGACAAGGCGUGGAAAGUAAGCCAGCCUGACACACCAAACUACUGGCAUCUGGACUUGAAGUACACAUAUGAUACACGGAAGGCUCUCUUUGGCGUUUGAAAAGCCAGAGGCAGUCAUUCGAACCCUGGCCUCAAAAUUGAAUUGCUUUUCCUUAUUAUUGGUGCCUUCUGCCCUCUUGUGUGCUCCUUGACUUUGAUCAGACUUGGGACUGAGGCAUUGGCCCCAAUUGCGUGAGGAACUGAUAUUUGAAGAGGAUAUAAGCACUUCAUUUGACAGCCUCUAGAUACUUAUAAUUCAGGAAAAAGUAACAACCUGG